AUUCCAGUUCAGUCCUCAAUCGAAAACCCUAAACCCUAAAAUCAAACCCCCCACCUCCGUUCUCCCUAUUUCUUCUUCUCUUCUGCAAAAGAGAGGCGAAGUUUGAGGAGAGAGAAAGCAGCAAUGAAGACGUAUUUGCUUUACGAAUCCUCAAGUGGGUAUGCGUUGCUUCACGCUGAAGGGUUGGAUGAAAUUGGGCAGAACACAGAGGCUGUUCGUAACUCGGUUUCUGACAUAACUCGCUUUGGUAAAGUUGUCAAGCUGACUGCUUUUCAACCUUUUGAUUCUGCUCUUGAUGCUCUUAAUCAAUGCAAUGCUGUUUCUGAAGGUAUUAUGACUGAUGAAUUGAGAAGUUUCUUGGAGGGAAGUUUCCAGAACUCUAAGGCCAAGGAAUUUAUUGUUGGUUUAGCUGACUCUAAACUUGGAGCAAGUAUUUCAGAAGGGACUAAGUUUUCAUGCAAAAGUAAUGAGUUUAUGCUAGAGCUUCUCCGUGGAGUGCGUUUACACUUUGAUCAGUUCAUCAAGAACCUUAAGCCUGGGGAUUUAGAGAAAUCCCAAUUGGGUUUAGCUCACAGCUACAGCAGGGCUAAGGUCAAGUUCAAUGUUAAUCGGGUUGACAACAUGGUUAUACAAGCAAUCUUUCUCCUUGACACUCUUGACAAAGAUGUUAACUCAUUUUCAAUGAGAGUCAGGGAGUGGUAUUCAUGGCAUUUCCCCGAGCUAGUUAAGAUAGUCAAUGACAAUUAUCUCUAUGCUAAAUUGGCCAAGUAUAUCGAGAACAAGUCAGAUUUAUCUGAUGAGACACUUCCUGCCUUGACUGAAGUUGUUGGCGAUGAGGAUAAAGCAAAGGAGAUUGUAGAAGCUGCUAAAGCAUCCAUGGGACAAGAAUUAUCUCCCAUUGACUUGAUUAAUGUCCAGCAGUUUGCUCAAAGAGUAAUGGAUCUUUCUGAGUAUAGGAAGAAGCUUUAUGAUUACUUGGUCACAAAAAUGAACGACAUUGCGCCAAACUUGACCUCUUUGAUUGGUGAGAUGGUCGGAGCUAGAUUGAUCUCCCAUGCCGGCAGUCUUACCAAUUUGGCCAAGUGCCCUUCGUCCACCCUUCAAAUUCUUGGUGCUGAGAAAGCUCUCUUUAGGGCCUUGAAAACACGAGGAAACACACCAAAGUAUGGUCUAAUAUUCCACUCGUCUUUCAUCGGCCGGGCAUCUUCUCGAAACAAGGGUCGGAUGGCACGUUACCUUGCAAACAAGUGUUCCAUUGCCUCUCGUAUCGACUGUUUCUCAGAGAAAAGCUCUACCGUUUUUGGUGAUAAGCUACGUGAACAAGUAGAGGAGAGACUUGACUUCUAUGACAAGGGUGUUGCACCUCGGAAAAAUAUUGAUGUCAUGAAAGCAGCAAUUGAAGUUACCCAAAAGGAUGAUGUUGAUGAUAUGGACUUGGAUGAUAAACCCGACUCUUCAGUGAAAAAGAGUAAGAAAAAGAAAUCUAAGGAUGAAGUUGAUGUUGCUGCUACAAAUGGUAGUGUAUUGGAAGACGUGAAGUCUGAGAAGAAGAAAAAGAAAGAAAAGAAAGGAGAUGAAGAGGUUGAAGAAGUUCAUGUAGACGCCAAGUCUGAGAAGAAAAAGAAGAAAGAGAAGCGCAGAUUAGAACAAGAAGAAGCUGUUGCAGAAGAGAACGGUGAGAAGGAAGAUGGAACAACCAAGAAGAAGAAAAAGAGCAAAGAUAAUGGUGAGGAUGUAUCGGCCAUUAGUGAGAGCAAGAAGAAGAAGAAGAAGUCAAAAGCAUGAAGAUGAUUAAAAUCCGUGGUUGUUGUGGCAUGUGUUUGCCAGAUUUUGAUCUGCUGCUUCGUUAUUAAUGGUUGCAGCUGCGUGAAAUUGCUUAUAUCUAUCUAUGGUUGAUCAAUUUUGGGGUGUAGCUACCCCUUGCUUGUUUUAAUUUGUAAUGUAGGAAGACUAGGAACUGUUAAGGUGUUUAUUAUUACUAUAAGUUCUGAUAAUCGUAAUGGGUUACUGUGAA